UGUGAACUGCCUGCUAGAAGCUUGCGCAAUUGAAGGCCAGACCGACUGGAGCUUUUCGCGCAAUUCCGAUCAUCACCAAUACUAGCGUCUACGCGAUAACACAUUUACCCUUCCUCGCUCACCCUGCAAUUACCCGCUGGUGUGCUGCGCCAUUUAUACCCGUAUUACAAUGCUCAGGUUACCAUUGACCUUGGACGAUGUCGAUCUUCUACUAGAUGAGCCGUUCCUGACUCAGUUCUGCCUCCGCAAGGAGGCAAGCAGCAGUAGAAGUCGCGGCGUGAUCGAUUGGAACAAGAGAAUGGAGAACGAGCUAGGGCCAGACGAUCGCAUUGCAGCUCGAAAAUGGCUGGAAUUCGCGUUUGCGAUCCAAUCCGAUGACUUCCAGGAUCGACAGCAGAUAUCAGUCGAAAAUGGGGGCCUUGCAAUAUUCAUCGAGUUUUACUGGCGUCUCGCUCAAGGAAGUAGAUCGGACGCAAUCUGCUAUCUCAAUAAAGAACGCCGCAAUAGGAAUUUCGCGUAUUUGAUCACAUCCAACACCUUGAGAGGCCAACAUAUCAAUAGCGCCGCCUUGGGGGCAUUGCGGUCAGAUAGCCGGCCCAAAGAGAGAAAACAGAAGAAGCCGAAGAAGCAUAAGCGAGCACGCGUCGAUUUCACAGAUCCCUCUGAUGGCGAGGUCAGUCAGGCUGAAGCCGCUCAAGAGCUUUCAAUGAGCAUUGAGAAUCAUUCCAACGAGCCUCAAGAUGAUGCACUAUCAGACCGGAAAUUUGUCGUUCAAGAUACCCCAACCACUGCCACUGCGGAACAGCCGUUUCUUCCGAUCUCUCAAACUGGCCAGUCAAGCUGCUUGACAAUUAUUGGCAGCAAGCGUAAACACACUGAUGCUACUGGUUCGCCGUCGUCGUGGUGUCCACCAUCUGAUCAUGAGGCGCCAUCAUCUCUUGCUCCUGGCCGCUUGGAGUCAGUUCCCGAUGUCAUUGACAGUGAUUCUUCAUCACUGACAGAAUUGACGAGCAAAGAUGCUUCUUUGGAAGCCGACACGCCCGCAAAUCAACUCGGCGAUGUGCGAUAUGCCAAUUCGAAAGCUCCUAGGAGACGACUGUCCAGCAGACUCGCCGCGCAUAAGGACAGACUCUCGGUAUUAGCCAAAGACAUGAACAUGUUCGAAUUUGAAAGUCGUUAUGAUCAAAUCGGAGUAGAAGCGCAGGACAAUUCGCCCAGGGCUUCUAUCAAAGUUCCUGUGCGCCAGCCGAUGCACGGCAAGGAAAAGUCUGGAACGCUCAGGAAGAAGACAUCUAAGUCCAUUGCCAAAGACCCGCGUCCCUCUGAGGCCCUCCCGGCUAUCGCUAAGGCACAACUCGUACUUGUGUCUACUCAACAAUCAGUCGUAGAAAGCGGGGAACAAGAAAGCAUGGUUAGCCAGCUGCAGAGCAACAUUGGACGUGAAGCGCCUCGUGGAAUGUCUGCAGCUACCACUCAGCAGUCGUCAUCUCGAUCACGCAACAAACGAACGCUCGGGAGGAUUCAUAAGAAUGACCCACAGCGUGCAAAGAACGGGAGGUUCCAAACAUCAGACCGAGGCAACAAGAAGCAAAUGAAAGAGUCACUCCCAAGCCGGGAUGCGAAGCGACGGCGCGGUGACAGUGACGUUAUGGGUGGUGAAUUGGCUUCUGCAUUGACGAGCGCAGCAGGAGUACAGAAACAAACGCGCGGCAUGCAGCGCGUCUCUUCGGAGCAGUACCUCAACGAGACCCAUUCCACGGGCUCUGCUCGACCUGUUGUGUCUGUUCAACAAGCCAACCAGAAUGAUCUGGAGCAUGUACUACCUCAAGCCACGCCCGAUCACCGUGCCAGUACGACGCGCAAGCGCGAUCGAGUCGUAUUCGAUACUGCGAAUUCGGAGAAAGUUCCUGAUAAAUCCUCCGCUUCCAGCACCCCGCGUCAAACUGUGAAGCUACCAAUUCGCCGUCUAGGCCGUCCAAUCGCAGCCCGAGUGCACGAUGUAUCGACUCCGUCCGCGCUAGGGCAACCCGCCACGUUUUCCGACUUUGACGGGAUUAUCAGAGAUGCUGCAACGGAAGAGAUUCUGCGUAUGGACGCGCCGGGCAUGGCAACAAGCGAUUGGGAAGAUGCCGACGAGAAUGGCGCACAAGGUUUGCCACCCGACUCGAGCGAAGAUUACACUCCCUUGAGCAAAAUCGCCGCUUUCAGAGAGUCGAGUACGCGCACCUUUGCCGAUCCGGGCAGCGCAAACGUAUACGUUGAAGGUGGACCAUAUUUUAUCGUUAGCGACAACGUGGAGACUCUUCGAAGCGAUUCUUCUCGCAGUGCAACAGCCGUCGAAAAUGAUCACCGACCGUCCAAACUCGAAACAGCGCCAGAGUAUCUCCGGCAGUCCUUUGCGCCUCCCGCAGCUGCAGCGCUUUACGUGUCUGAUACUCAUGGCGAUGCUCCGCGACCUCGCUUACACGUGAAACCGCCAAUUUGGGCAGAGUCGAGACAAGAGGUCUGUGAGUCCUUCGACUGGUUUAGGAGUUAUCAAGGUGGCGUAUACUACAUAAGAGACAUGGUGAAGGGUUACCUAUUGAGUGCAUUCUCCUCAAGUCGCGAUGUCUUCGCCCACAAGGGCCGCCUUAUCGUAUCGCAUGGUGGCGGUAGGGCAGAAAGCUUGCAUACAAAGGACGGGGCCAGUCAAGCGCAAGAAGCGGAUGACCAACAAGCGCAGGACAAAUCCGUGCGCGCCCUGUUGAACACACAUCGUCUAGGUCGCCCCAUUGCUCUCUUGGUGGAUGACAAAUAUAGCUUGUUUCCAUACGAUUUGGCUGGGGACCGGUAUACCUAUGUUGUGCUUGGGUUUUAUCGUAUCGCACAUGCAUGGGCUGAGCGACAACCGGCAAGUAACGCGCGAGGGUAUGUAGUUCGAUACAAAUUCGCUUUCCAAUGGUGUGAAGAGCAAGGUACUCCUUGGUGGUUGACAGCGCAUAGCUCGGGACAAGCUUGUGAUGUUACAACCUCAGCCGAAGACCAUGACCCCGCUGCUGCUACAGACAUGUCAGUCAGACUCAACCCACCAUGCUGCUCAGAGAAUGAUCUUAUCGCAUUCAUGUGUCGAUUCUGUCGAAAAACAUCACCGAUGAUUUACGUUCAAGAUUGGAUCUGCUUGUCACCAGAGUGUGAAGCUUUCUGGCGGACAUCUCAAGGCGACCACCCUCCAGCAGAUCUGCAAUAUUCCGCGGACUUUCUUCAGUUGCUGCACUUCGCCCCGGAAAAAAUGGAGCAGCUCAGGCCUCCUUUACCUGUGACGAGAGUGCAAGGUGGUAUUACCACGAGUCGUAUCUUUUGCAAGGGGUGGCAUUGCGUCAAAUGUGGACGUCUAUCUAGCAGGUAUAUGUGGGAGCACUGGUCGUGCAGAUAUUGUGGAGAGACACACGCGAUUCCCGGACGAAUCAGGCAGCCGAAUGAAUUCUGGCGUCAAGGAACGCCAAAGUUCCACACUCAUUGGGUCGCACCAGAUUCUGGAAUCGUAGUAGCCCAGAACAGGUUCUUCAAGACGGGAAAUUCCUUCAGUAUGGUACACACGUACCUACUUCCGCAUUCCCGCGGACGAAUCUAUUUGAUCGUCGGCAAGAUCCCGAUCAAUGCAGACGCCGAUGAAAUAUUCCGAGAGUAUCAAGAACAAGCGGCAAGUGGCAAGCUUCUCUUCCGAAGAUGGCCAUUACGAGCUCACAAAUGCAGAGGUACACUAUUGACAAAUUAUUUCUCACAGAAUUGCGGCGAACCAUACCAGUAUGUCGGAGGAACAGACCACACGGUCCCUUGGGAGCAUGCACCGAGUGCUGUUUGCAAAGCUCGCGAUCUCAUCAACCAACGUAUCAAAGAAGCUCUCAAUGACGAAUAUGGGUUCAACGAGGUCCUCAGUGCAGCAUAUAUGGAGAAACAGAGCAUGGCAUUCCACACUGACAACGAGGUAGGAUUGGGCCCUACCGUUGCAUCGUUGUCGUUGGGGUCGUGUGCAAAGAUGCACUUCCGUCUACUUAGUCGUUACACGGAAGGCACCGGGAAUGGCCUCAGCAGGAAUGCGCUUACUCUGUGCCUCCGUCAUGGAGAUAUUCUUGUGAUGGAAGGCGCCGGCGUGCAGACAUAUUAUGAGCAUACUGUUGUACCGAUGAACUUCCGCAUCGCCGCAACUGCACGUUCCAUCGAUAAUAGUGGCCAGGUGGCAAAUUCUGCAUCUCUUCGAUCGCCACGUUAGUCAUCCGCCUUUUGCGCUGCUCGCUCAGUUAUUCUUGAGAUCUCGCAAAAUUUGUUGCUCGCUAUAUUUUGGUCAACUCUUCUACAUCGAGAUCGACAGGCCUAGGUAGUUUCUAUGACAAUGAUUAGAGACUCCAAUACGCCGCU